AAUGUGUCCUCUGAAUUUCACCGCGCGGCUUCCAUUCCAGGCACGAGUUAGACUCGCGGUCGCCGAGCGCACGCUGCCAUUGGACUGUUCGCGCAUCCGUCCGAGGAUCCGAGGGAGGGUUUUUACAUAUUGUUUUUUUUUAUUUUACUUUUUUUUUAUUUUUUUGUUGCCUCAGUACGGGAGCCGAGUGGGGACCGGCUGAUUACGCUGCGGCCGUGGGUCUCCACCCGAGAGUAUGGCGGCUGAGCUUGCACUGGAGCGCGGGGGAGAGACGGAGACAUGCCAGCGAGGCUGAAAAACAAACAAAGAGACUCAAGUUUGCUUCUUCAUGGAGCGUGGACACUGUUUCCCCCCGCGGCGGUCUCAUGUCUACACUUUAAUACAGUGGCUUUAACACAGCGUUUGUCCCACUCUGCCCUCGAUGGAGCAAGUUUGUGUUGUUCUCUCCCCCUGAUGCGCGCUGAGGAGUGAGGCAAGCACAUGAAAACCACGCAUCAUCGGCUCGUCUCCCCCUUCUCCCCGUGCACAUUUGUGGACAUCCGUGGACAGCAGUGCUCCGCUGCUGCUGCUGUAGCUGUCAGUGUGUGUCUGGCCUGCUGCAUGCGCUCAUUUCUACAAUGAAAUCCAUCUCGGGGACACGGAGUCUUUGUGCUCUGCCAUAGCGGAGCCAGCGGAGACUGUGUUUGCGGACAAACUACAUGUCCACAAAAAUGGGACGCGGCUGCUGAAGGUGAACAUUUUGACUUGGUUUCAAUGACGCGCGGAGACUGAGACCCCCCCUGAACGGACUUUAAAAUUCUAAAUCCACAAUGCGCGAGUACAAGGUGGUGGUGCUGGGCAGCGGAGGGGUCGGGAAAUCCGCCCUCACUGUGCAGUUUGUCACCGGGACGUUCAUUGAGAAGUACGACCCGACCAUAGAGGAUUUUUACCGCAAGGAGAUCGAGGUGGACUCGUCGCCCUCGGUGCUGGAGAUCCUGGACACCGCCGGCACGGAGCAGUUCGCCUCCAUGCGGGACCUUUACAUCAAGAACGGUCAAGGAUUCAUACUGGUCUACAGCCUGGUCAACCAGCAGAGCUUCCAGGACAUAAAGCCGAUGAGGGACCAGAUCAUAAGAGUGAAAAGGUACGAGAAGGUUCCUGUGAUCCUCGUGGGGAACAAGGUGGACCUGGAAAGUGAGCGGGAGGUAUCGUCCAGCGAAGGCCAGGCUCUGGCCGAGGAGUGGGGCUGUCCAUUCAUGGAGACGUCGGCCAAGAGCAAAACCAUGGUAGACGAACUGUUUGCGGAGAUUGUUCGGCAGAUGGACUACGCCGCGCAGCCAGACAAGGACGACCCCUGCUGCUCGUCUUGUAAUAUACAAUAGCCCCAAAGGCCUCGAGGAACAGGCCAGGCAAAAAGUCAGCGACAACCGGCGGCACAGAGAGAGAGAGAGAGAGAGAUAAACUCUCGGACACACGCGCACAUGCACAUGCCAAUUAAAUGGAUGACAAAUUCAUGGUUGAACGCAAUGGAUGUUAACUCUACGGAGCAUAAAAUCUGCAGUGACAUGAUUAUUAAUAGUGAGUAAUGAAUACCAUAUGAAUGAGGAAUGCCAGGGAUUUACUGCAAGUGAAAGUGACAAAUGACAAAAAAGGAUCAUGCCCUCGCCUUAUGUUACUUUGCUUUUCGUGUUUUUCUUUUCUUGUCAUCCUUCUACACUUUAGGUUGUUAAAAAAUCUGAUAUUUAUGAGUCAAAAAUGUUUUCUUACACAAAACACCCCAACAAGCAUUGUUUUCUCACCAUGACUCAGUUCCACUGUAGCUACUGUUCACUAACCCAAUAACACUUCUGGGAUCUGGUUAUUUUAAACAUUGAGGAGAAUUUGAUUUGCAGAUUGCAGCUUUGGUUGUGCACUGGUUGGUGGGAUGUUUUUCUAUUCCAUCGCAAGUCUGAACCAAAGAGGUGACCUUAAUGCACCUCCAU